CUCGGAGCAUCAUGGGAGUUGUAGUCCCGACAGCCAAUUCCAGUUCGAGAAGGCGAGGCCUCACCAAAAUACAACUCCCAUCUCGACCCUCGCACGCCGAGCCCCGUCGUCCAAUCUGAAUAUGUGGGAGGAGCGCGUCCGCCCACAAAAGGCACAGCUAUCUCCCCGUAUCUCCCCCUAAAAAUAUCAAUUGUGCACGAAAAAAGGGAAUACGCGUAAAACACAAACACUGGUGACGGUUUGUUUUCUGUGCACGACGGACGGCAACGAGGAGCCCCCGUGUAGCGAUAGGAACGGCGGUGAUAGGCAGGAGCAGCGAAGAGGGUGUUGUCCUGGUGCCUAAAUGGAAGUGGGUGGGCCUCUACGGUCACACAUUGCCAACUUCUCUCUGGAUAUCAUUUUGACACAAGCUAAUUUGGUCGUUUAUGGACUGUCUUUCCACUGAGAGAGGCAUACGACGGGGCUGUGAAAGGGCCGAGGGGCCGUGGACGGUUAUUGUGUCCUCCGUUAUUUCCGUUAUUUUGGGCUGCUUGAUUGUGCCUGCGAUUGGCACCGCCCUUCCUGGCCGGUGGGUGGUUUCGUCAAGCGGGCAGAUCCGCCACGGCCCAGCGCCGAACAUAUAGGCCGUCCUCCGCGUCUGUACCCGGCCGGCCUUCUACCGUGAACUACACCCUCUCCCUCUCGGUAUAUUAAUGCGUUAUGAGUGACUCGAAGAAGGAAUCAUCUGGAACUGAAGGAGGGAAAGCAUCUAAAAAGGGGAAAAGUUCAGGCUCACAGGAUUCAUCUCAGCCCUCUCCGCUGGCUCUGCUAGCGGCCACCUGCAGUAAGAUCGGCGGGCAGGGGAUAGUGGAGGGAGCCCAGGCGGGGGCCCAGCAGAUCCAGCUCCAGGCUGGUCAGAUCCAGCUCCAGCCAGGUCAGAUCCACGGUCAGAUAGUGGUGGACACAGCCGGGGGCCAGGCCCUGGUGCCCCAGCAGCUGGAACUGGUCCCAGCUCAGUUCACGGGGAACGGUUGGCAGAUCAUUACAGCUGCACCUACAAUGGCCAAGGAGAACACCAAUCAGCCUGUUGCUGUGACGGUGGCAACCACCUCGGCAAAUGACAGCUCACCUGGUGGACGAAAGGUGAAGGAGGUGAAGGCAGUAGGUGGGACCAGCAGUGUUGUAGCCAAUCAGCAGCAGCAGUUCCAGAUCAUCCAGGUUCAGAACUUGCCCAGUACUGGGGGUGGGGUCCAGUAUCAAGUCAUCCCUCAUCUACAGACUGCAGAUGGACAGCAGAUCCAUAUCAGCCCAGCUCAGACAGCCCCCAUUGGGGCUCUACCAGAGCAGGUUCAGCUCAUCCAGAACCCGAGUUCAGGCCAGACGCAGGCCAUUCUACAGCCAGCUGGCCAGCAGGCCAUUCUAACAAGUACAGCCAAUCAAACAGUCCCACUGCAGAUCCGUCCUGCGCAGUCUUUCCCACUGCAGCUGCAGACUCUGCAAGGCACCCAGGCUCCUGUUAUGACCACAGUACCCAUAAACCUCGGUGGCAUGACCCUGGCUCUACCUGUGAUCAAUAGCGUUGGAGGAGGUGGGGCUGUACAGCUUAUCCAAUCAGCAGAUGGCACAUUCUCUGUUGCCAAUGGCAACCAGCUGGUGACAACAACAGUGUCUGGGCCGGCUCCUGCUACAGCAUCAACUGGGUCAGUAACGACAGUAGCUGAAGGUGAUAGCAUCUCUGAAGGGGCACAAGUGGUUUCUGCUGGAUCAGAGAGCGGACCAGCUGACACCCAAGUGCAGAGCAGUGAGGCGGACUCUCAAAGCCAGAAUCAGGCCAAUGGGCUGCAGAACCAGACAGAUACAACAGGAACCAUCCAACACGUGAUUGUUGGCCAGGUGGGGCACCAGUUGGUGCAGCAGAUUCAGCUGCAGCCCCAAACCCAAAGUCAGGGUCAGGCUCCAGGCCAUCAGCAACCUCAGCACAUUCAAACCCUCCAGCUGGCCCCAGGACAAACCCUGCAGCCUAUCCAGGCCUUCCAGAAUCCCGCCCAGGUCCUUAUUCGCACCCCGACCCUAUCACCGUCUGGGCAAAUCACCUGGCAGACCCUGCAGCUGCCUGGUGGAGUCUCCCUGCAGGGGGGCCUUGGGACAUCUGUUCCACAGCAGCUGACGCUGGCCCCGGUUGCUGGUGGGACGACAGUGGGGAGUGGAGGGCUGGUCUCCCUGAGUGGAGCUCCCCUGACUCUAAGUGCAGCCCAGAUCAACCCAGGGUCAGGGGUACAGACAGUCAGCAUUGCAGGACUGGGCACUGCUGGGGUUCAGGUGCAGGGCGUACCCCUCACCAUUACUGGUCUACAGGGUCAACCACAGGGUCAGGAUGGGGUCAAAGUUCAGUCAUCUCCAGUGACAGUCACUGUUGGCAAUGUGGCAUCAGGCUCAUCAAUGAGUCCGGACCAGUUGGGCUCCGUACAAAGUUCUUCAGAUCAGGAGGGGCCGCCCAGUAAGAGGCUCCGUCGGGUUGCCUGCUCUUGUCCAAACUGCAGGGACGGAGAGGGAAGGAACAGCGGGGACCCCACAAAGAAGAAACAGCACAUCUGUCACAUGGAGGGCUGUGGGAAGGUCUAUGGCAAGACGUCCCACCUGAGGGCCCACCUGCGCUGGCACACCGGUGAGAGGCCGUUUGUCUGUAACUGGAUCUUCUGUGGCAAGAGGUUCACUAGGAGUGAUGAGCUGCAGAGACACCGGAGAACACACACAGGAGAGAAGCGCUUUGAGUGCCCUGAAUGCUCUAAGCGCUUCAUGCGCAGCGACCACCUGUCCAAGCACAUCAAGACCCACCAGAACAAGAAGGGCAGCGCUGCAGUGGCAAUCAUCACCACUGAUGACAUGGAGGAAGAUGCGCCCGAGAGCCUGGGCACCGCCCCUCAGAUUGUCGCUGUGGCGACCCUCACACGUGACUCUGACCCCACCACCUCUAACCACUUGGAGGAAGAGGAGGAAGAAGAGGAGGAGUUUGAAUAGGUGACUAACACCUCUUUCUUCACAGAAGGCUGACUUCCUGUUUUUUGGGAGUUCUUGCAGGGACUUUUAGGGUGGAUAAUAUUUCUUUUCUGUUUUUAUAUUUAAGUUUAGAUCAUUUAAAACAUGUUCUCUCAUGAAAAGGGACUCAAAAGAGACAGGAUCAUGUGAUGAACAGAAAAAUAUAAACAUCACAAUCUAAAACAAAUAAACUAACACAUAACAAAAAUUUAGCCUAAACCUACAAAAGAUUAGUUUGGCUUUUAUAAAUCAAUCUAUAAUAAUUCCAUGCACAAUGGGGAAAGGAAUGUAAGUAGUGUCUAGAUUAGCACAAGACAGGGGGAUCUGCUGAAUCUAAACCAUCCAACAUUGAGACAUUUCCCUAAUCACAACAGAAUCAAAUUCUAUGCACAAAGUUGUGUUCCUGUUUCAUACCUGUCAGACAGUGCUGAAGGUUAAUCAUGGUACAGCAUUGUUGCAGAGCAGUGACAAAGCAGGGACAGUCUUGGGAUGGUGUGUAUGCACGUGUGAGUAUAUGUGGCCUGAAUGAAUGCGUGUGCGUUUGUAUUCCCACGCUGUCAUGAAGAGGAUCUACCUAAUUUGAGUUUUAUUCUUGGUUCAGGUUUAGUCCUCAGAUCAGAUUCAGGUGCUGAUUCCUUCCAAGACCAGUCAACGGAUAAACUGUUAUUAAAGAAGAGAAGGGAGAAGUAGAAAAAAAGUAGAAAAAAAGCACAUAUGAAAAGAUUUAUAAAAUAAAGCAUUCCUAUCGAGUCAUAGUGGCCAUUAGAAAAAAGGUUUCUAUAGAGAAAAAAACAAUCUAGCUUUCUACAACUUUGUGUAGUGAAAGCAAUACUAUAAUGACAAUCCUAGUGAAACCAUGUUUACAUUGUCAGGGGAAGUUUUCUGUUAAUAAAACAAGCCAGUUCGCCCUAAGAUUAAUGAAAACAUCUGAAAGCAGUGUUGUCCUCUGUCUUCAACAUCACCGCUGUGACUACCAUCAGAUGGUAAUCACAAAACCGUCGUUCCAUCAACCUGCAGUCGCCAUCAGAUGGACAUCGCAGGUAGAUGGAACAACAGUUUCAUCGCGUGGCUGCACUGUUAGUGAUGUCGCUUUUCACAUCUUCCUCUGCGCUGGUGAGGACCCCUCUCCACCUCUAAACCUGAUACAUGACCAAUGUACCACAGUUGCCUUAACACAAGCUGUUGUACAGAGGGAACUUCAGAGUUGGGGGGUGACACGGAGAGCACACCACAGCACAGGGAGGUGAAGGGAGACGGCGAUACAAGCUGAGGGUGGGCACGGGUCGGGCAAUUUAGCUAUGUGGAUAUUUGAGAUGUUUUCUGGUGGUGUUGCUCUGUCUUAGUUCAGUGCGUACAUUAUUUUAAAAUUAAAAGAUAUGUUUAUAUUAUUGAAUAUAUCAGUUCUUUUAAAAAGCCCCCCUCAAGUAUGUUAACACACAGGACCCCACUGUGUAUGGCUAAUUUAUUAUUUAUCUUUGAUUUGUAAUGUUUGCCUUUUGCUGGACUUGGUAUUUGUGUGCGUUCAUUCUGAGGUUGUGUACAGCAUGUUUCAGUUUUUUGCCGUAGUGCUGCUUCUCUCUUUGUGCUUCUGUUCUUUUUUUUUUUUUUUACCUCCGACUACGGCUGUUAAUUUCUUCUCCUUUGCGCCAUAACGUGUUUUUGGAGAAAAAUAAAUAAAAAAAGAAGACACCUAAAAAAAAAAAGUUAACAUUGUUAAAGCUGAAAACGUUGAUACCAAACAAAAUAGAUGUUUUUGGUAAUGUUUUGUGUGACAACCAACUUUUUUUUUCUUUGAUAUUUUGUAGUGACAUCUCAUUUGUAAAUCUUUUUCUAAAGAUGUUUGUUCGCCUCCAUGACAUUUGAUAAUGGGUUUUUGCCAGGUUAGCCUUAAAGGCUCCAGUUAAUUGAUAUUUUUAAAACUGGUUUGUAAAAACGUGUUAUGUCAAUAAAAAAAAAAAGAAAAAAACUUCAAGCUGGAAAAAAAUGCUUUGCCUGCAUAACACUUGACAAUAAAGUGAUUAAAACCGU